GUAUAGUGAGCUCCCUCGAAAUGAUUUGUCACUAAUAACAUAUAUAGUGGUCACCAAGCCCCUCAGUUCAACCAGUUCGGCCAUCAGAUGAUGCCGCCUGCGCAAGUAGCCCACCACGGCAACAUGGGAGGCCAAUGGAUGCAGCAACAACCUCCCAACUACGGUUACCAACAGCCGGGCACGUUCAACCCUCUAACGAUGAAUCAGUUCACCGACCCCAACAACACGACCGUAUUCGUAGGAGGCCUUUCGGGCUACGUGACGGAAGACGAACUCCGGUCAUUCUUCCAAGGUUUUGGGGAAAUUACCUACGUUAAGAUCCCUCCCGGAAAGGGAUGUGGCUUUGUUCAGUUCGUUCAUCGCCACGCGGCCGAGAUGGCCAUCAAUCAGAUGCAGGGAUAUCCUAUUGGAAACUCUCGAGUUCGUCUGUCUUGGGGUCGUUCUCAAAACAAUUCAGGUGUAGGUACUCCCUAUCGACCCGCACCUCCCCCUCCACAUUACUUCCCUCCAGGCCCUCCGGGUCCGCCCGGCCCUGGUGCUGCUCCUUUCGGUGGCCCUGGCUUUGGCGGUGGUAGUGGUCACCAAGGUCCUCCUCCUAGCGGCUUGGGUCCUCAGGUAUAGUUCAUGUCAACCUCCUCAUGCCUGUGUUUCGAAUAGUCUAAUCCGGACUAUAGUAAACCGGAACCGGCUCCGCAACACGAUUCAGCAUACCCGGCAUGAUUUAGCAUAACCGGCGUCCCGCGUUUCUGGCGUUUCGGCAUGCUUCUCCGUCUUCUGCAUCAGUCUAUCAGUCUCUGGUUUCGGCUAUUUGGUCUUCUCGAUCCGUUUCCCUCCCUCGUGCGGUACUAUCCAGUCAUGGUUAUUCGAUGACACUUCUCCGCGUUACGACACAUCUGGCGUUAGUGAACUCGAUAUGACGAAUGGACGGUGCGCAUUGGGCGUUGGGG